GAAGUUGCUCUUUGCUAGAACGCAUCUAUCUCGGCUAGCUAUAUUUCGUCCAAUUUUCCACGAUUUCCGGGGCGCUUUAUGCGUCCAGCCUUGCGGCUAUGGACGCGGAGCCUCCCGCAGUCCUGUGUGGCCAGAAGUCUACCACGGCGAGCUCUUCAUUGACAAGGGGCAACCGGUCCACCAGCAGUGAAGACUCCACUGAGGCUCCUGCUCUCGUGGUCAUGGAUGCGGAUCCUGCAAUCCCGCCGGGCCAGAGGUCUACUUUGACAAGCUCCUCAAGGAAGCGAGGUACUUGGUCUAGCACCAGCGAAGACACUGAGAUUUACUCAGUCACAGGCGACGACUCAUCGGACGACAGCUUUGUAUCGGUGAGGAGCCGAAAGGCAAAAAGAAGACUCAUCAAGACGUCAUCACCCGGGAGUACAUCAACCCUGCAUGCAAAACCUGAGCGCUGGCCGCACACCAUCCUUUUCAUCCCUGUGGAUAAUUCCAUCAGCCUUCGAGGAUUAAACAGGCAAGCUCUCUCCGUUUUCCUUGAGGGAAUGGCACCAAACGAAAUUAAGGAGGUCCGAAUAAACACGCGAAAGAAUGUCUUGGCUGUCGACACGACCCGGAGAAAUGCGCUGGAUAAGCUCCGACAGAUAACAGAAUUGGGAAACAUCAAAGUAAGACCGGUUAUACCAAUGGAAGAAACCUGCACUGCCGGCGUAAUCUACGACAUUGACCUGGCAAUUACGAACUCAGACCUGCCCAUUCUGAUUAAACCGGCGUAUGAAGGAGUAGUCAUAACGCACGUAUGCCGCCUCGGAAACAGCCGCUGCGUGAAGAUAGUUUUCAAGGGCGACUCUAUCCCUUCGCAUGUCAAGGUUGGUCACUUCCGACAUGUUGUUCGGCCGUUUGUCCCUAAGCCGCUUCAAUGUCACAAAUGCUUCAAGAUUGGACAUGUCGAGGGCGCCUGUGCAAAAUCUGCAGUGUGCCCUCGGUGCGCGGAGUCGCACACUGCAGACGUCUGCCGCGCAACCAACAUUAGAUGUGGCAACUGUAACGGUUCUCAUGAAGCUACAUCUAAAGACUGCCCACGGAUCAAAAAAGAAUUUGCUAUCCUGAAACAGAUGGUCAGGGACAGCUCAUCUCACAGUGAAGCUUCUGAAAAGAUCCGGCGUCGACGUCGACGUCAUCGACGGAAACGUACAACUCAAGGUGCAGUUCAUGCACAGAUUGUGCCAACGAGAUCAGCUUCGAGUACAAGCAGACCCGAGAUCACAAGGAGGCCUCAAACGGAAAAUCCUUCCCGUGUAGAAGACUGGCCAGCGCUCCCGAGCGCUCAGCCUUCCAAGGAGACUACACGUUUGAUGCCUCCAUCGAAGCAACCUUCAGUUGAUGUUCUGCCAACAGUAGACCGCCAAAUCAUCCCGAUGUUGCGGUCCAUAAUUGAUGUCAUCAGAGUAAUGCUGACCAGCAUGGAAACUCCAUCCGCUCGAAGGGGACUACAAGUGCUGGACUCGCUGAGCCCAGUCCUAGCAACCCUCGAGUGAACCAUGGCUGACAACCACCAGUCAUUUCGUAAGGAGGUCAAAGAAGCAUCGAUUAUUCAGUGGAACGCCAGAGGUCUAAGAUCUCGCAUUGCUGAUUUUCGCCAGUUUGUACAUGUUAACCAAUUUCCAAUAAUCGUUAUCUGUGAACCAAAUUUAACACACCCUAUCAGACUAUCCGGCUACGAGUCAAUUACGUCCUCAAAUAACAACGGAAAUAGCAAGGUAGUCGUCUUUAUUCGCCGUGAGCUUACUUACGUCAUCCAGCCUGUGCAACCUCAUGACGACAAUCAGUAUGUCUGCUUAACCGUCAAAAAUAGAACGCUCACCUUUACACUUGUAGGUGCGUACCUAUCUCCAUCAAGCCGGUUUGACACCAAAAGACUAGAAGACAUAAUAAAAGCGUCUCCUGGUCCUUGGAUUAUCACCGGGGACUUUAACGCCCAUCACACCAUUUGGGGAAGCUCAAAAGUCAACGCAACCGGACGAAGACUCGCUUCGUUUUCCUCCAAUCAUGACCUCUUGCUGCUCAAUGACGCUAGUCCUACGUUUCUACGGGGCACAGUGUACAGCAGCUGCCUGGACUUGA